AGAGCCCCAUGUCGAAGGCCACCAGCAGCCCGGCUCCUCCUCCCCGCUUCGCGCACGCACGCAAGAGCUCCGUAGGCUCGCGGUGAACAGGGCCGGCCGGCGGCAUCGCCAAACAUGGCGGAGAACCUCCUCUCCACGGCCGUGCACCGCACCAUGCCGGGGAACUACGUCCGGCCGGAGGCGCAGCGCCCGCGCCUCGCGGAGGUCGUCUCCGGCGCGCGCAUCCCCGUCGUCGACCUCACGAGCCCCGACCGCGCCGCGGUCGUCGCCGCAAUCGGCGGCGCCUGCCGCACGCACGGCUUCUUCCAGGUCCUGAACCACGGGAUAGACGCAGGACUGAUCGCGGAGGUGAUGGCCGUGGCGCGCGAGUUCUUCCGGCUCCCCGCGGAGGAGAAGGCGAAGCUGUACUCCGACGACCCGGCCAGGAAGAUUCGGCUGUCCACGAGUUUCAACGUGCGCAAGGAGACGGUGCACAACUGGCGCGACUACCUCCGGCUGCACUGCCAUCCCCUCGACCAGUUCGUGCCCGACUGGCCGUCCAACCCGCCCGACUUCAAGGAGACAAUGAGCAGCUACUGCAAGGAGGUCCGGGAGCUCGGGUUCCGGCUGUACGCGGUGAUCUCGGAGAGCCUGGGUCUGGAGCCGGGCUACAUGAAGGAGACGCUGGGCGAGCAGGAGCAGCACAUGGCCGUUAACUUCUACCCGCCGUGCCCCUCGCCGGAGCUCACCUACGGCCUCCCUGCCCACACCGACCCCAACGCGCUCACCAUCCUGCUCAUGGACCAGGACGUCGCCGGCCUGCAAGUCCUCCACGACGGCAAGUGGGUCGCCGUCAACCCGCAGCCCGGCGCGCUCAUCAUCAACAUCGGCGACCAGUUGCAGGCGCUGAGCAACGGGCAGUACCGGAGCGUGUGGCACCGGGCGGUGGUGAACUCGGACCGGGAGCGGCUGUCGGUGGCGUCGUUCCUGUGCCCGUGCAACGACGUGGAGCUGGGCCCCGCGCGGAAGCUCGUGACGGCGGAGACCCCCGCCGUGUACAGGAAUUACACGUACGACGAGUACUACAAGAAGUUCUGGAGCAGGAACCUGGACCAGGAGCACUGCCUCGAGCUCUUCAGGACCUGUUGAAAUGGGAUCAUUUUGUUUUGUUCCUGUGGAAUGUUCUGCAAAUAAGGUCGACUUUCUGCUCUGUUUGUUGCUGCAGAUCGAAAAGGAGUUUUGAAUACAAAAAAAUCACCCGAACUCGGACAAGAUCAUAUAGAAGUCAAAAGAAGUGUAGGAAUUCACAAAUGUUUACUACUAGUUUUGUUAUGUGCGGUUACCAGAUACAUGUACUUUUUCCAGAACCAGUUUCAGGAACACAAACCAUGAAAUUUACACUUCAGUUCAGCAACCUUUUUUU